CUUAUCCGCUAUGCUGCCGCCAGCUUUACAUGGCCCACGCUACCGUAUUUGAUUCCACUAAUAAAGGAACCCUUCGGCCUAAUAAAGAUCCAUUACGCAAGCAGGGAAGUGCUUUCAAGCCUAUGCAAUUGCCCCAAUUCGGCUGGGAAAUCACCUUACCUGAAGACGUCUCUCCAGAUGAUCCUAUUACUUUGUUUACUAUAUACUAUAUCCCCAAAAUUAUUGAUCUAAUAUACCUAAUAUGCUAUAGAGAGAUAUAUAUCUACCUUGCAAUUCGAAUAUAUAUGAGCUUGCAUAUAGAUAAUAAGAUCGCAGACUAUUGGAUAACAAAGAAUAUGAUACCUGAGUAUCUAAUUACGAAGUAUUUGAGUAGGAAUCGGUUUCAGGAGCUCCAUAUAUAUAUACGAUUCCAUGGAAAUCAGGAACAAGGCCCAUAUAAGAAGGUUAAAGCUUUUAGUACACAUAUUCAAGAGGUUAAUUUGGGUAUUUGGAAGCCUGGACGGGACUUGGCAAUCAAUAAGAUAAUCAUACGAUUUGAAGGUCGAUCCAAAGAAACAACCACUGUUCCAAACAAGCCCAUACCUACAGGAUAUAAGGUCUGGGAGGCAGCCCAAAGGGGGUUCUUACUCGUAUGGAACUGGCAUAUUCCUGGUCAAAAAAAUGGGCCUGUGGGAGUAUGUACUCUACGAGAGCUUGGUGGGAUAAUUAAGGCUGGAAAUGGGGGAAAUAAGAUACAAGUAGUAGUUCUGCACUUAAUUAAAAGGUUGCCCAAGCUUCCUAAGGGCUCUGGAUAUUACAUUUACCUUAAUAAUCUCUUUGUUUCUACUCGCUUUAUCCAAUAUACUCGCUCCCAGGGAGUUGCGAUUACUGGGACUUGCAGGACAACUGGUAGGGUUAUUAAGGAGCUUCUUGACCUCCAGAAAUCGGACAAAAAGGACGUAAUACCCUGGGGUGAAACGUAUUCCAGGUAUACGCCUAAUGGAGAAGUGUAUUACCGUGUUUUACGGCUAAGGAAGAGGCCUAAGGAGACUUCUUCUAAAGCGAAGACUGCACGAAUACCCUUUGGUAAUCAGGCUACAAAGAUACUCUCGAUUCCUGUAAUUGCGGAUGGAUAUAACUAUCAUAUGGGAGCAGUUGACGAGUUUGAUCACCUGACUGCCCAGAACGCUGGUUUACGGUACGUGGAGCGGGGAGGGCACCAAGUACUAGAGCACUGGCUACUUCGUACGGUUCUGAUCAAUUGCUAUUUACUAGCUUUAUGUAGCGAUGUCCCUGAACCUAGGGAAAUAAGCUUCAGAAGCCAGCAGGAUUUCAGGAGACAGCUAGUCAGUGCUUUACUAGCUAAAGGGAGAGACAGUAAGAUCUGUCCAAAGAGAAGAAUAUCACAGAUUAGCCAGGGAGCUAAACAGGUACCUGUGGAAUCGCACGAGCUAGUAAAGAUGGCUAAAAGGGGGUACUGCGUAGCCUGUAAAGGCUUGAGAUAUAGGGAUCGGCCAAGAAAAAGGGUCGCAUUGAGCGAAAUUGCAUCUAAUAGAGGCCGGGAAAGCAGUAAGUACUCGUCCUCCUUUGGGUGUAAGCAGUGCGACGUUCAUUUAUGUAAUUAUAAUAGCUGUUUUGAUAUAUUUCAUGAGGAGAAGUAGAAAUCGAAGGGUUUGGAAUGGAAUACAGCCCUCUGAUUGGCUGAAAUU